UGUUCUAUAAAUUCAGGAGUUCCGUGCCAUUAGGCCCACCGUAGUUUGCUCGAUUAGUCGCCAUAUUUUCCUGAUUAACUUCCAAAAUUCGUGACUGUUUUAGUUCAUCAAUCACCUUUUUACUCAGUCUUCUUGUAUGUGUAGGUGAUAAUAUCGUUUGGGCAAAUUCAAUGGAUUGGUACUUUGGAAGUGAUAUUGAAGAUCUUGUCGUGCCAAAUAAUAAGGAGAUGUCUGACAUGAUUCCAUCACCAUAUAGUUUGUCUCCUUGGGAGAACGCAACAUUUGGAAGCUUCAAUUCCCCUAAGAAAUGCAGAAUUGCAGGAACGGAAGAACUUCCAUUGAGUGGGACCACUUUUUCUAGCGAAGUUGACCAGCUCUGUAGUACAAGGGUCUGUAUAGGUUUGCAAGAUGAUUUUUAUCAAUGGAGCACUUCUCCUCGUGAACAGUUGGAUUUUCAACUCAAUGACGUUGCCAGAUUUGAUGAGGCUGAUGACAUUUUCGUGCAAUCAUUACUUGAAGAGAAUGGAAGUGGAAUCCAUGCUGCUAGUUCAGUUAAUUUUUCACCAACAUCCAGCAAUGAAUAUAUGACGCCAUCAAAUCUUUCAAGAGAUCUAAUUUCAGAGUCUAAGACUGUUCAAGACCAUAUAGACAAUACCGGACACUCGCAGGAUCUAGAAAAAUACACUUUUUCUGCCUCACCAGACUGCAAGAAUGAAGCAAAAAAUGAUCCCUUUACGCUGGCAACGGCAAUGGAGGUUGACGUCCCCUUCUCAUUGGAGCACAACAGUGCAGAUAAGCACAUCACAGAGGAGAAAAUAUCCUUGGAGGAAUCUGUAUAUUUGGAGCUUAGAAGCUUGACUGUGCAGUUGACGGAUAAUACUAGAAUUUGCAUUCGUGAUGCCCUUUACCGCCUUGCGAAAAACUCAAAACAUGAAGAAACCAAGCAGGAAGGCAAUGAAGCACCAGCAGAGUGUUCACCGACAGCCUAUAGUGAAACAUCUAGGUUGGAUGAUACUGAUGAAGAAGAGUCAACAAAUGCAAUUGAUAGAACAGUUGCUAAUCUCUUGUUCCACAACAUCAAUAUUUACAACCCCGCUGCUACUGAAACGGAGGAUGAAGUGAAAUGCUGUUUUUACAAUCACAAUCCGUGUUUCUCUAUUUCCUCUCAUGGCGCCGUUCCUGAUGGUGAAGCAGAAGUCCCGAUAUUUGAUAAUGGUCUUUCUUAUUCGACCAAAAUGGUUGAUGGUGACUAGUGCUCCUAUCCUGCAUUGAUUUGAAACGAUCUGAAUCAACAACCUCAUUUAGCAUAUUAUGAGUUUUCUCAAGAUUCUGAUGUUUCUGAUAUCGAGUUGUGUUUUAUGAUACUUAUCCAGCAUCUGAAAUGGGAAUCCUCGAAUAUAUUUUAUGUAUAUGUUGAAAUUUCCUUUCAGUUCUCACUGUUGUGGGUGUUUAUUUGUUUGGUGAAUACUUGCUACCAUAAUUCCUAGUCAAUUUUGUGUAGAA